AUGGGGAACACAGCGACCAAAUUCCGUAAGGCUCUCAUCAAUGGGGAUGAGCUACUGGCCGUCCAUUUGUACGAGAGCAACCUUCAGUUCAAAGAAGCUCUGGAUCCCAACUCUACAUAUGGAGAGUCCUACCAGCACAACACUCCACUGCACUAUGCUGCCCGACAUGCCAUGAUACGACUACUCAGGUCUUUCCUCCUUAGCAAAGAUGGAAAUCCUAACAAACGCAAUGUGCAAAAUGAGACCUCUUUGCACCUUCUCUGCAUGGGGCCCCAGAUCCUGACCUCAGAAGGGGCUCUGCUACCUCGGAUCUCACGACCAUAUGAAGAUGAACAACGUCGUGCAGAGUGUCUACAAAUUGUUUUAGCAUGGACCGGGGCAAAGUUGGACCAUGGAGAGUAUGAAAAGGCUGAUGUCAAUGCCACAGACAAUAAGAAAAAUACCUGUCUGCACUAUGCAGCUGCCUCAGGAAUGAAGAUCUGUGUGGAGUUUCUAGUGCAGAGAGAGGCAGAUCUUUUUGCGGAGAAUGAAAACCGCGAGACUCCAUGUGACUGUGCUGAGAAACAGCACCACAAGGAGUUGGCCUUGUGCCUGGAGUCACAGAUGGUCUUCUCACUUGCCCCUGAUGCAGAGGGUAUUGAGGCAGAGUAUGCAGCUCUCGACCGAAGAGAGCUGUAUGAGGGCCUGCGUCCUCAAGAUCUACGGAGGCUGAAAGACAUGCUGAUAGUGGAGACAGCUGACAUGCUACAAGCGCCACUCUUCACUGCCGAGGCACUACUACGUGCCCAUGACUGGGACAGAGAAAAACUCUUGGAGGCAUGGAUGACCAAUGCCGAGGAGUGCUGCCAUCGCUCAGGGGUACAGAUGCCCAACCCACCUCCAAGUGGCUGCAAUGCUUGGGACACCUUGCCCUCACCCCGAACACCACGAACCACACGCUCUUCUAUCACCUCACCAGACCACAUAAGCCUCAUUACUGCUGAUGAAGAUUCUGCCCAUUGUGGUAUAUGCAUGUCUUCAAUCUCAGUCUUUGAGGAACCUGUUGACAUGGCAUGUGGCCAUGAAUUCUGCAGAGCAUGUUGGGAAGGGUUUCUCAAUUUAAAAAUCCAGGAGGGUGAGGCCCACAACAUCCUCUGUCCAGCCUUUGACUGCUACCAGCUUGUUCCUGUGGAAGUCAUCGAGAGUGUUGUGUCCAAAGAGAUGGACAAACGUUACCUUCAGUUUGACAUCAAGGCAUUUGUGGAGAACAAUUCAGCAAUACGCUGGUGUCCAGAGGCUGGCUGUGAAAGGGCAGUGCGGCUGAAGACAAAUGGCCCGGGGACAUCCUCCUCAGACCCUAUGAGCUUUCCAUUGCUUCGGGCACCUGCUGUAGACUGUGGCAAAGGCCACCUAUUCUGCUGGGAGUGUCAAGGUGAAGCCCAUGAACCCUGUGACUGUGACAUCUGGAAAAUGUGGCUUCAGAAAGUCAAUGAAAUGAAACCUGAGGAAUUGGCUGGUGUGAGUGAAGCUUAUGAGGAUGCAGCCAACUGUUUAUGGAUGCUUACAAACUCGAAACCAUGUGCCAAUUGCAAAUCCCCAAUCCAGAAAAAUGAGGGGUGUAACCACAUGCAGUGUGCAAAGUGUAAAUAUGACUUCUGCUGGAUCUGUCUGGAGGAGUGGAAAAAGCACAGCUCAUCCACUGGCGGCUACUAUCGCUGCACCCGAUAUGAAGUUAUUCAACAGGUGGAAGAGCAGUCAAAGGAGAUGACUGAAGAAGCAGAGAAGAAGCAUAAGAGCUUUCAGGAACUGGACCGUUUUAUGCACUACUACACACGCUUCAAGAAUCAUGAACACAGCUUUCAGCUGGAGCAACGCCUCAUAAAAACAGCCAAGGAGAAAAUGGAGCAACUCAGUCGGGCUCUGAGGGGAAGGGAAGGAGGACCACCUGACACUACAUUUAUUGAAGAUGCUGUCCUAGAACUGCUAAAGACUCGCCGAAUUCUCAAGUGUUCUUACCCAUAUGGCUUCUUCUUAGAGCCCAAAAGCACAAAGAAGGAGAUCUAUGAGCUAAUGCAGACGGAUUUGGAGAUGGUAACUGAAGACCUCGCACAAAAGGUUAACCGGCCUUACCUUCGGACUCCACGUCACAAGAUCAUACGUGCAGCAUGUUUGGUACAGCAGAAAAGACAGGAGUUCCUGGCCUCAGUAGCAAGAGGGGUGGCCCCUAAUGAUUCCCCUGAGGCCCCAAGACGCAGUUUUGCUGGCGGAACGUGGGACUGGGAAUAUUUGGGCUUUGCAUCACCUGAGGAGUAUGCAGAUUUCCAGUACAGACGAAGACAUAGACAGCGGAGGCGAGGUGACAUGGCCAGUCUCCGUAGCAACACGCCUGACCCUGAUGAUCCCAGCGAUAGCACUUUAGACAACCAGGACGUUGGAGAUGGAAUUAGACAUGGUCGAUUGAUGGGUUUUGGUUCUAUGGAUGAUGAUGACCCUAACAUUCUACUGGCCAUUCAGCUGUCACUCCAGGAAUCAAGAAUGACAGAAGGACAGUCUAAUCAGGAAGUUCUUGCUAAUGAAGCUUCACUUGGAGCUAUCGGCACGUCUUUGCCUUCUAGGCUUGAACAGAGUACGUCAGGUAUAGAGGUUCUCCCCAGAGUGUCCUUAAGCAGCUCAGAAUUGCUUGAGCUGGGUGACAGCUUGGCUCGACACAUUAACAUCACCAGCCAUUACCCUACAGCCACCGGGAAUCCCAUCUCUUUUCAGCUCAGUGACAGCCAAAACCGAGCCAAUGGCUCCUCUGUGCCAAUACCAGUAGCUCCAGGCAGCAGUUUCUCAUCAACAGGUGUCUUCUCGUCCUCCGAUGACCCAACAGACUCAAACACUUUCAGCAGCCAUGACCCAUCUGCUUCCUCCGCAUUAGCAGCAAAUGCUAAUCUGCUCGGCAACAUAAUGGCUUGGUUCCAUGACAUGAACCCUCAAAGUAUUGCCUUGGUCCCCUCAAGCGCUUCUGCUACAGACACAAAUGUGGACCUACUCCAUGCAGGUGUUGAAGAGUGCCUGCAGGAUGAAGAGAAAAGUGGGGUCGUCAUCCUCUGUGAGAAUAGAAAAUCCCAUGAAGAAGUGGCGGAAGUUGGUAGUGUUUGUGACAUGGAGAGAAAAGAGUGCCCUGUCGUGGAGAGGCCAACACAACUCCAUCUUGUGGGGCUGGAGCCCAUGCCAUUGCCUUUAUUGCCCACUCGUGACAUGACUGGGGUCCAUGAGGAAAGGGUAGACACCAAGGUCUGUCGUGUUGACACACCUCAAUGUCCACCUGACCAAUUGCCCAGCAGCAGCUCUUCAGAGUGGGAGGAACAGGUGCACUUGGUAUGA